CCUUAGGGUAUGUUUGUGUCGUAGGGUACAUUUACCUAUCAAUAUCCCUGUCGCUACCCCACCAUUACUACAUAUGUAGUAAUGGCGAAUUCCGUUGUAGUUACCUUUUUUCCCCAUCCUUCCGUUCCCGUUGCUAUCGCUAACCGUACCUAGUAGUUUCCUAAUGUAAGUACGUAAGAUAACGUUAGAAUCUAUCGGUCGUACUAACAUUUCGUACCAACAGCUAAUUCUUUUCCAUCCUUCCUCUCCCUUGAGACGUGACCAACUCCAUAAUCCCACCUUUACGAUUACCCAUUAAUAAUAAGUACAUUUAUUCGUCGUACAAAUAUUCUUUGUUCAUAUCGUACAAGCGUAGCACAAACCUACAUCAUGUCAACCGGACACGCUUUUGCAUCGACAUCCUCGCCGCAUUCCUCGGCGGCCGCCCGUCUCUUACAGAGGCAACUCAAAGAAAUGCGUACAUCCCAAGAUCUGACAGGCAUCUCGGUAGGCUUGGUCAGGGAAAGCAAUGUUUUCGAAUGGGAAGUAAUUCUUAUGAUCAAUGACGACUGUAAAUACUACGGCGGCGCUUAUUUCCGAGCUAUCAUGUACUUCCCACCCGAAUAUCCUCACCUACCUCCCAGGAUCGUCUUCCAGAACCCGGUACCAUUCCAUCCCAACAUCUACCCAAGCGGCGACCUCUGCAUAUCGAUCUUGCAUGCCCCGGGUGACGAUAUGUACGGAUACGAGAGCGCCGCCGAACGUUGGAGUCCUGUACAAACACCAGAGACGAUACUUCUGAGUGUCCUUAGCCUCUUUAACGAGCCCAACGAUGAGAGUGCCGCCAAUUUAGACGCCGCCAAGUUGUUACGGGCCGAGAAAGAAGGGGGGCCGAAGGAGUUUAGGAAGCGAGUCCGACAGUGUGUCAGGGAGAGUCUAGGCGAAAACUAAAUAGACUCGACGAGGGACUGAAUCAACAUCCAUGGCGCAUACCUACACCUGGCGCAUUAGAGCGAGUGAUUUCCAUCCAGGAGCAAAGGGGAGGCAAUUCUAGGAGCAUCCUUCGGCGGAGAUCGCGUUCAUUUCGAUGUCAGCAUAAUUGUUUUCUGAGCAUAUGGGGAGGCGUUUAGAGGUUAGGUAUUCAGUUCGUUGACCAUUA